AUGGCACAUUCAGAUUCAGAUCUAUCAUCGCUGUCAUCAGCACCGCCAACAGAUGAUGAAGCUGCCAUGGCAGUCGACGAAGCCCCCGUCGGCAUUGCGAAGUACUUCAAGAAGGAGAAGUCGGAGACUCCGCCGCCCAAGCGGGAACCGUCACCACCGCAUGAACAUGUCCUGGCAGAUAACUCCAUUAUCCCCUUCAUCGUCACGUUCCGCGCGCGAUUUCAUGAAGCCUUCCCUCGCAGUUUACCGCAUUACGGACCCCAGGACAUUGAGAGAGGGGUAGAAGACCCUAUACCUGGCGAAUAUGUCGAACGAUUGCUAUGCGCAUUGUUGGGCCUCGUUUUGAAUCGCAAGAAAGAUGUUGAACGAAAUCACUACACACGACCGUUGGAGGAGGCCAUUUCGACACAUCAGUCACAGUGGCCCAAGUCAUGGGAGGGCAAGAACCCUCUUCAUGGGGGUCGUAGCUUUGCGACCAUGUCGCCGGAAGAACGGCUCGAACUACUGAGGUCUUUGAUACUUUGGUCUCUAUCGUCGUCAGAAGCCAUCCAGGCUAAGAUUAAGGAAUCAUACAAACAGGCGCGCCAUGAUGAUGACCUCAAUCAGCCGUUAUCUGUUCAACCAUGGGGUCGAGAUAGCUUGAAAAGGCGAUACUGGCUCAUUGAAGGGCAGGAUGAUACGCACUUUCGUCUAUACCGAGAGAGUAAUCCUACCCUCAAGCAUAUCAGCUGGUGGAGUGUCGCUGGAAGCAUCCCGGAGAUACAGUCUAUUGCCGAUAAGCUUCAGCAAGAGAAAGGGACAAAUUCGAAGAAACUUAGCGAAAGGAUUAUAGCAGCUAUCCCCCGAUUCGAAGCGUCAGAAGAGAAACGCAAACGUCGUGAUUAUAGACUUGCACGUAAGGCUGCAUUCUCUCGACCAGAACCUGGGUUCUCUAUGUAUGAAGGUCGCACGCGCGGGAAAAAGUUGAAGUAUACUUAUUCCGAUGAUGAGGAUAUUUUCUCCGAUGAGCAGCCUUCAAGGCGUUCUGGUCGCAAUGCACCAUCCAACGCAGCACCUGCGGAGCCUCGUUCAAGAUUCACAGCGAGCGGACGCCAGAUCCGCUCUCGUGCCGGAGGUCUUUACGGCGAGGCCUUGCUUAGUGGACAACGCGAAGAUUCCGAGGAGGAGGAGGAUGAGGAUACUUCAAGACCACAGAGGUCCAGGACUUCAACUAAUCCCAAUGGCUACUCUGGAUAUGCUGCUGAUGACCUUGAUGACCAGUCAGAAGCUCGAAGCAGUGCAAAUGAAAGCGGAAAUGAAUGGGGGAGCGGGGGCGAUGAGAACGAAUUUGAGGGCGACGAUGAAGGGGACAAUAUAAGCGGAGAUGAGUCGAUCAUCAAUGGCGAACCCCCUAGCCUUGUUGUCCAAUUGCGAUAUGGCAAGGGAGGUGCAUCAAGUGAACCUAAGCCACCUGUCGACGAACCUCCCCCCGUGCAAGAUGUCCAGAUGAAAGAUUCCAAUAAUGCUGGAGACUCCACAGAUUCCCAUGUCCCUCUGCCACAAUCAUCGCAGCACACCAUAAAGGCCAUGUUGAAUUUACCGGAAGAGACUCAGCAGGCGCAGGCGGUCCCAGUGGCACCUGUGCCAUUCAUCCCAAGCACAGUCACCCCCGAAAUGCCGAAAGAUACCCAGCCAGCUGAAUCUAACGGAUGGCCUGGGCAUAGUGCAGGGGCUGAAAGCCAUCCUGCUCCUGGAGUUCCUUCUUCGCAGGCUUGA